AUGCCACAACAGACGACUUCAGGGGUGGCGACGGCCAUCCGACCGUUGCGAGAUUUGUGCCACCGCCUCCAGCUGUCGCGUGGAUGUCUGAGGGGGGCAAAGCGGCACACCGGCAUGCCUCCACCGCCGCAGCAAUUGCAGCUGUCCGCCUUCGACGUCGUCACUGCAUCAGCUGCUACCCCCGACGUGACUGCGACUGACUCCGCUCCUACCCCUGCCACUUUCGCCGCUGUGACUGUAGGCGCCUUUGAUGUCCUCACUGCACCACCUGCUACUCCUGGCGUCACUGCAAGGGACUCCGUUCCUGCCCCUGCCCCUUUCGCCGCUGUGACUGUAGGCGCCUUCGAUGUCGGCACUGCACCAACUGCUACCCCCGACGUGACUGCAACUGACUCCGCUCCUGCCCCUGCCCCAUUCGCCGCUGUGACUGUAACCGCCUUCGAUGUUGUCACUGCACCAGAUGCUACCCCUGGUGUCACUGCAACUGACUCCGCUGCUGCCCCUGCCACUUUCGCCGCUGUGACUGUAGGCGCCUUCGACAUUGUCGCUGCACCAGCUGCUAUCCCCGGCGCCACUGCAACUGACUCUGCUGCUGCCCCUGCCCCAUUCGCCGCUGUGACUGUAACCGCCUUCGAUGUUGUCACUGCACCAGAUGCUACCCCUGGUGUCACUGCAACUGACUCCGCUGCUGCCCCUGCCACUUUCGCCGCUGUGACUGUAGGCGCCUUCGACAUUGUCACUGCACCAGCUGCUACCCCCGGCGCCACUGCAACUGACUCUGCUGCUGCCCCUGCCACUUUCGCCGCUGUGACUGUAGGCGCCUUCGAUGUCGGCACUGCACCAGCUGCUACCCCUGACUCCGCUGCUGCCCCUGCCACUUUCGCCGCUCUGCCUGUAACCACCUUCGCCUCCGACUUUGUCGCUGCACCUGCCACUUCCCCUGACGUCACUGAAACUUUCUCCCCCGCUGGUCCUAUCACUUUUGCCGUUGCCGCUCUAGCCGCCUCUACCUCUGCCGUAGUCGCUGCACACGUCGCUGUUGCUGAAGGCUCCGAUACCGCCUCUGCCAAGACGGGUGCCGCUGCCCCUGCCACUAUCGUUGACGGCACUGCAACUGCCGGUGCAGACACCGUCACCGCCGCCGUCGCCGACGACAAAGCGCUAGCGCCGUUGACCACACGACCUUUCGUUGUGUCUCCCACAGGGGGAUGUUGUGCUUUGCCGUCAGUCACUACUGGCAGCCGCGAUCCUCUGUAG